AUGGCAGCCGCUGAGGAAGACGCCUGGUGGGAUGGCCUGCCAGACCAGAUUGAGGACUGGGACGCUCCGCUCCCCGUGCCAAUCGCUUCUCCAAGCACUGGUCGCCGGAAAUUGUCGGGGGAGAAGGCGUCGCUCCAGGCAAUCCUUGUGAAAGCGGAGCGGCGUCAAGUUGGUGUCACCCCCCCACCGCAAGUUGCUGCCGGUGUACAUGGUGGAAGGGGGGGAGCGAGUGAGCCUGUGGCGGGGGAAGCAGAGCUGGGCCCGUCGAAUCAAGCUUCGCCAGCCGUCCAACAAACAGGUUCAAGUCCUUUGAAUGUGGCGCCUAUUGUCUCAAGUUUUGGAGCAAGCACUCGGCCUCCUGGUGCCGACCUCCCACCCCCCCACUCUGUGGUUGACAAGCACACUCCUCAGAAUAGGGGGCACAAUUUUAGAGAGCAGCGGCCGUACUCAGAUGUGGCCCCUCCCAUCCCUCCUGUAAACAGUGAUGGCGUCGCACUCUCUGAGGAACAGCGCAGCCGGAUUGAUGCCAAUCGGAUGGCGGCGCUGCGGAGGCGGAAUGCGGCCGCGUGGUACCAGGCAGCACACACGUCCCCAGGGAUAUCUAUCCCCACAUUUCAGCAGACAGCCCCUUGUCAGGCGUGUCGCCGGAACGGGGGUUCAGCAGAGGCGGCGGAAUCUGGAGGGGCAGAGGUGAACAUAGAAGAUGUGGACGCGAGCAAGACUGAGCUGCGCAACGGACUUAAGCCGGAGGUUGGCAGCGAGAAGCCGAGCAACAGUCCCGAGUAUGAGGUGCCAGAAGACUUCUGGGACGAUGUUGAUGAGGGUCAGGGGGGGAACUCUGGGGGCGAGAGGCAGACUGCAGCGAAUUCUUCUGAUGUGAAUAGGCCCCUCCGAGGAAAUAGUCUCUCUGGUCUGACUGCGCCCGCCAGUGCCAACAUACCCUCUGAGGGGGUCUUCAUAAACUCAGCUGCGAGGGGGGUUAGAUCGGCUUAUGUGCAGCCUAUGGCGCAUCCUCACCAGAGAGUGUUACCGGCAUUCUGCAACGCCGCCUCUUCACACCAGCCUGAUCCAAAUCCCCAAUUUCCACAGUCCUUCCAGCAAAUCCCAGAACCUCUUAACAUUCCCGUCAUGCCUCAGGGCCCUGAGGUCAUUCCAAGACCUCUAGAGGUUUCCCUCGAACUCCAAACGGUCGACCUUUUGAGGGUCUCAGUCCAGUAUGCUUUCUGCGAACCCCCCAUCGGGAGUGUAUUCGCACCAGAUUCGUUUGAGAAUCCGGAGCAGAGAACUAGGUCCGUGCUCGAGCGAGCGUGCCCAGGGGUGCUUCCACAGAAGUGGGUAUCUGACGAGACUCUGGACAGCGAGGGUUUUCUCGUUUUCCCCAUAGUCACUUACGACGCCGUUCUGAGGGCCCUGUCAAAGGUCCCGGAAGCAAAUGUCGCAGGCAUUCCAGAGUCUACACUGCGGGCACUGCGCGUCAGAUGGGGCCCUGCCGAAAGCGCUGGAAGCGGGUCGAACAGUGCCAAAGAAGAGAUUACGAAAGGGGAUUUGGUGCCGGGGGAUCCCUCCGGAGCCCAGUCUCCAGUCCCUCCCAUCAAGAGGCCCUGUGACAGCUCGUGGCGGCCGCUCAAAAGUUGGCACAUUGGGGACGAGGAAGUGGACGCGCUAAUGGAACAGGGCCUUCCGGCCGGGCUGCGAAAGACGCUGCUGCCGUUCCAGUGGGAGGGGGUGCGGUACGGCCUGCGCAGGGGGGGGCGCUGCCUGAUAGCCGACGAAAUGGGGGUGGGAAAGACAAUACAGGGAAUUGCUAUCGCCAGCUGUUACCGCGCCGAGUGGCCCCUCCUCGUUGUCGUUCCUGCCAGCAUGCGGCUCCCUUGGGCGGAAGAACUAGAGAGGUGGCUUCCUUUCCUGGGCCCAAGAGACGUGCACCUCGUGUUUUCCUUCCAGAACGAUCUGCAAGAAGGGGUGCCGUGCCCAAAGGUUGUGGUCAUCUCGUAUACGAUGCUGCGGCGCCUGAAGCGGACGUUUGCGGCCCAUAAGUGGGGCGUGCUUAUAGUGGACGAGAGUCACAACCUGCGGACGACCAAGAAUCCCAAAGAGACGGAGGAAAAGGAGACCGUCAAAGAGUUUCUGCAGAAGACGAAGCGAGCAGUCCUGCUAUCCGGAACGCCGUCGCUUAACAGGCCGUUCGACAUUUUCCACCAGGCCGAUGGUCUGUGGACCGGUCUGCUCGGCCGCACCAAGUACGUGUUCGCCAAGGCGUACUGUGACGUGCGCACGCUGCGGCGCGGGUGCGGCAAUAUCGUGAAAGACUACUCCAAGGGGGCCAGGCUGCAUGAACUGCACGUGCUGCUGGCGGAAACUGUCAUGGUCCGGCGGCUCAAGUCGGACGUCCUGGAUCAGCUCCCCCCGAAGCGGCGCCAGGUCAUCCGGCUGAAACUAGAGGCGGGAGACAUCAAGGACGCCAAAGAACGGACCGCUCAGUUGGCGGCUGAGCUGGCGGCGAUGGGGAAGGUGCGGGGGCGCAAGUUUGCGAGGAUGGAAGCUCGGAUGCUGGAGGAAGAGAGCGAGGAGGGGGGGGAGGAAGAAGAGGCGCUGAGAAGGCUGGUGGAGGGGGGGGACGUCAGCGGAAAGGAAGACGGGGGCCUGACGUAUCAACAGAUUGGGCUGGCGAAGCUCCGGGGGGUAAGGGAGUGGCUGGCGAACAACGUGGGCCUUACCCCCCAGAAAGAGGAAGGGGCAGAAGACGUACCCAAAAUGAUCAUCUUCGCUCACCAUAUCGAGGUGCUCGACCGAAUCCAGCGAUACGUGCACGACUGCGGCGUUGCUUACGUCAGGAUUGAUGGCAGCACGCUCGGCCACGACCGGCAAGCCGCGGUCCAGGACUUCAAGCACCGGGACGAGAUUCGAGUAGCCAUUGUGGGCGUGACAGCUGGCGGCGUCGGAUUGGACUUCAGCGCUGCACAGACAGUCGUCUUGGCGGCCGAGGAUCGCGCUCAUCGGCGGGGCCAGUCUAGUGCCGUCAACGUGUACCUGUUCUGCGCCAAGGACACGGACGAUGAAACCAGCUGGAUGCGGUUAAGCGAGUCGUUGGAGCGGGUUACGACCGUGGUUAACGGGUCCGAAAACGCGGUUAGGGGAAUCCACGUGGACGCGGUUGAGGACAAGGCGUCCGGACAGAACAUUCGGACAGAAAACGCAGAAACCGACGACUGGGGCGCGACGCAGUGGGAAGGGGGGGUUGGGUUUGGCUGCAGAACGGGACCCCCCGGAGCGGAGAAGGAGGAGAACGGGGAAGAAAAGGACCGCGAGGAAGGGGCGGGUGAUGGAACCGAAAAAGUGGACGAGCCGGGGGGUGGAAUGGAGGCGGAAAUUGACCCCCCCGGGAACGGAAAGUUUGUGAGCGCGAGCGAAGAAACGAGUGCGAAGCCGCAUGAAGAGGCGGAGGCGGGUUCUUCGAAGGGGGAGGAAGAAAAUGGGGUCGCAAUGGAUGACCAAGACUUUCCUUUCGCUGCUCCAUCGGGUGACGGUGAAACGAAGGCGCGAAACGCAGCCGAAGCAAAGGUUACUGAAAACUCGUCGGACAAGGUACGCAUCCUCACCCCCCCGGGCGUCCGCAGGCGAAGCUUCCCCAUCGACGGCACCCCCCCGGAUGAAAGACGGGGCGGGAAGCGCGCCCGGAAGAGCCUGUUUCCGUCUUCGCAGGGGCCCGUCUUCGACGUUUUCACUCGCGCCGGGGGGGACGCAAAGGCUGGGGAAAAAGGGGGGGAGGACGAUGGGGGAGUGCCGGUGGGAAAGCUGCUGUUUGAGAUCAGUCCGAACACGGGGCGAGUGCAUCUGUACCGGGGGGUAAAAAGCGGGGCGUCUGGAGGGGGGGGCGCGGAGUUGCUGGGGCUCAACUUUCCGAGGGAGGAGUUGGCCAAGCUGAAGACGGAAGAGGAUGUCCGGUCUUACCAGGGGCCCCUCCCGAAACUCCUGCUGACGUGCGGCGCCCACCUGCGCGCCGCCCGUCAAUUUCUGGACGAGUGGACCAAGCUGCGUCCGAUUUUUCGGUCGAAGCUCCAGGGGAUGCCGCUCAAAGCACCGCUCGAGCUGGAGCUUGAGAAAGUCAGGGGAGGCGCGACGGGGGGCCUGCGGGCGGGCGGCAGCAAGAAGCGCGUGGCGGCGCGUGACGAGGUGGGGGAGCCGCUGCCGGCGGGCGCGAGCAUGCGGGGCGUCGAGUGGCGGUCGAUCUUCGGGGAGCCGCAGAAGAGCAAUCAGGGGUUGGACGAGGAUGGCAACCCGCUGUGCAAGAUGUGCCAGAAAAUCUGCAGGGGCCGCUUCGCCAAGUUUCCCAAGAAGAUGGCCGACCUCUUUUGUUCGCCGACCUGCGCGGAUCAGUACUCGACGCGAACGAGCAGCGCCCACAAUCGGCGGCGGCUGUUCGAACUAGAGCGGGGGGUGUGCUCCAUGUGCAACCUGGACUGCCACAAGAUGGUGACCACUCUGAAGGGCCUGUCCAACGAGCAGCGCCGCAAGUCCAUUCUGGAGAUGGCUCCCGCAUUCCUGGACUACCCCAAGAGACUAGACUAUCUGCUGGCCAACUUUAACGAGGGCAACGCCUGGCACGCCGACCACAUCGUGGCCGUUUACGAGGGCGGGGGCGAGUGCGACUUGAAGAACCUGCGCACGCUAUGCGUCCCCUGCCACUCCAAGGUGACGUCACUGCAGACCAAGCGGCGCGCUAGUGAGGCGCGCCUGGCGAAGAACGACGAUCCGAAGCAGCGGAAGCUCAGCUUUGUGCCACGUGUCAAGAAGAAGCGGCCUGCGGAGUUUGUCGACCUGGGGAGCGACGAGGAAGCGUCUCCGCCUGCGAAGGGCCCUGUCUCGCCUCCUCCGAACGCCGGCCAGAACGAACGGAAGGACUCUCCGGAAGCGAGCGCGGACCAAACGGGGCCCCCAGCGGCAGCCCCCGCGGAGGCGUCGUCCCCGGCCUCGUUGAACGGGAGCCACAGCAGCGCCGAAGAGCUCCUGCAGUUCGACUUCCGGAAAACAGGGCCCGAGAAGGGAGCGCAUCGGCUAAACGCGUGCGAUAUGGAUGUCGUGCAAGCCCAGGAAGCGUCCGAUCGUGAUAGGGUGGCAUAUUCGGACAGCGGUACGAAAGCGUCCGACCGGUCUGAGCGGCAUUCGGACGGUGUUGAUUCGCAUGAGAGCACAGCAGAGGAGGGCAAGGGGAACGGUUCGGAGAAGGGGGAAGAGGCAACGCGGCGCCCGCCCCCCCUGAAACGAGGGAAGCGAAGCGUGGACGAUCUGCUGAAGUGCAAGGUUGCAGGAAAAAGCGGGUCGCAAGUUCGAGGCACUGCCGGGAAGUCAGCCGGGAGGAGCAAAGGGGUUUUGGAAGGGCGACCAGAGGAGUCCGUCGUACGAGGCUUGGCGGGAGAUUUGGACGUUGCUUGCGGGGGGUCGGACAUAAGUCGGUCCGAUCCGGACGGCGGAACAGGGGCUGCGGACAGCGGAAUGAAGGGUACGAACGCCGGAUCGAAGGAUUCGGACAGAAUUGUGAGUCGUUCGGACGGUACCAUAAAGGAGUCGGACCAGAACGGCAGCGUUGCGGACUCUGCUGAGACGGACAGAACGGAACAGACGGAGAGCGCAGGAGAAGACGGCGGAGAGCAGGGUUUGAGGGAGGGGGGUCAGGAAGGGCGGCGCCCGCCUCCCCUGAAACGAGUGAAGCGAAGCGUGGAAGACUUGCUGAAGUGCAAGUUCACAGGAAAAUGUGGAGCGAAAGGCACCGGCAGGGGUGCUUUUGGGGGGCUUGGAAAAGGAGGGGAGAGGAAAGAGAAGAAGGGAGAACAGGCUACGAAAGUUGGGAAGGAACGAAAGGGGAGCGACUUUCAGUGCAACAGAAAGCGGCUCCUUGAGAAGGACACCAGAAUCGAAGCUGUCAAGGAGGAUUCGGCGGGUGCGAAAAAGGGGACGCGAGUUGGGUUGGAAACAGCUGUGAAGGAGGGUGUGUCCGCUUCCAAGGAAGGGGACGCGGGGGACAGUGAUGGGGAGCUCUUUGCGGCCAUUGAAAGGUUCAAGAAAAGAACGGAGAUGGAGGGAAGGAGCCGGGGGUGAAAGCGGGCCAAACCGGAGUUGAAAGAAAGCCAUACUUGAGUCGAAAGCUGGCCAAGCCGGGGUUGAAACCCAGGCCAAAAUGGGGCCGGAUAAGGGCUGAACUGGGUCAAAAGAAUGCCCAAUUAAGGACGCAAGAAGGAUGGAUCGAGUCCCGAAGGAGGGGGUCAACCCCGGCUUCCUCCACAACAAGGCUGAGGGGCCAAGUUUGAAAGAGGCCUAGCCGACAAGAGUGGGAAAAUUGUAUGCAAGGAAAAGAUUGGCAAUGAGCACAUGAUGGCAAGUUGAUCUACCGUGCAAGUACAGCCACAAUGAAACUGAAAGGCCACAACACUGCAAAUUUCUGCAAUUGGGCAUGCCAAGCUGCAACAGCUAGUCCAAGUCAAACUGUCAAUAUUGUAGCCCGUUCAAUCAAGCCAGAUGAGCGCUACAAUUUGUCAUCAAAUUGUCG